AUGGGCAAACCAAAAAACAAGCCCCAAAAUAUAGCUGAUCUUGCACAGCUUUCAUCGCCGACCGAAGACUCCAUCACGGCAACGCUCAGGGUCCGAUUCGAGAAUGACACCAUCUAUACUCGCAUUAACGACGGCAUCCUCGUUGCUUUGAAUCCAUAUAAAGAUACACUUCAAUCGCACACAUCGCCCGAGUAUGUUGCAGAGUACAAGGAAAUUCAGACAGAGGCACUCGAGCCAUUACCGCCGCACUUGUACCAGAUCGCGAAUCAAGCGUAUUUGCACAUGCGCCGAACGGGUGUUGAUCAAUCCAUUUUUCUCAGUGGCGAGACGGGUAGCGGAAAAACAGAAGCAUACAAAUCUAUAGUGCAGCAUUUGAUCGCGCUCAGCUGUCACAAGAAGGAAACCAAGUUACAAAACCAGGUGCUGAACGCUCAGACGGUGCUAGAAGCGUUCGGACAUGCACGGACAACGUUUAACGGGAACGCAUCGCGGUUUGGGAAAUACACGGAAAUCCAGUUUAAUGAACGCGGGCGAAUGUCGGGCGCCAAGACGCUCAACUAUUUGCUGGAAAAGAAACGCGUUGUCAAACGACCUACGGGUGAAGGCAGCUUUCACAUGUUCUACUAUCUCUUGGAGGGCGCCUCGGCCGAAGAAAAACAAAUCCUGCAACUGACCGACGCCACGCAAUACACGUACCUGAACCGAUCCCACGGACCCGACACAACACUAACACCAGAAAACGAAACGUACUACGAAACGAUCAAGAUGGCACUACGCUCGUUGGGUAUUGGCAAACGGCAACAGGCUCGCAUCAUGCAAUUGUUGGCCUGCCUACUGCAUUUGGGCAACCUGCAAUUUGUUCAGGGCAACAGCUUGCAAGAAGCACCGCUCGUAAAAAACCCAGAAACAUUGGAUCUGUGUGCAGACUUCUUGGGCGUCGAUCCACAGGCGCUGUUGAAUGUCUUGACGUACAGGACAGCCAUGAUCAAGAAAGAUGUGACAACAAUGAUUCUCGAUGUCGAGCAAGCCGGCGGGCAGCGAGACAGUUUGGUCGUAGCACUGUACUCGCUGUUAUUCAGCUGGCUCGUGGAACAAAUCAACGCCAAGCUAUGCAACGAGACAAUCCAUAAUGUGAUUGGCAUCCUCGACAUGCCUGGCCCGCACACGUACUAUUCGACAGCAUCGUUUGAGCAGUUUUGCGUCAACUUUGUACACGAGCGGCUGCACAACUACAUGCUUCGACAAAUGUUCGAGACAGACAUAGGCGACUAUCGCCAAGACGGACUGGAUAUACCCGACGUUCCUUACUUCAACAAUGCCGCAUGCGUUGAGUUAAUUGAAAGACCCAAGCACGGCCUGCUUGAUAUCACAAACCACCACUCCAAAUCGUCGAGUCGCGGCACUGAUGGCGCCAUGCUCGAUACGUUCUGCAAGUACAACGGCGGCCAUGAUUCGUUUGCAAUCAAGACAGCCGAUACAGGCGCGCGCAUGUUUGCGAUCCAGCAUUUUGCUGGCCAGGUGACCUACAACCCGGACGGUUUUGUCGAGAACAACAAGGACUCAUUGAGCGCCGGUUUUGUUGCUUUGCUUCGCGGCAAUGAUGACCAACCUGCAUCGUACAACUCGUUUAUUGUCGGCCUGUUCGCCGACAACAGCAUCCAGACCGAGACUCAUCCCAAACAAUCGGACGCCAUCUUGAACGCACAACAAAUCAAUAAGCCAGGGCGAUCGCCUUCCAUGCGAAGAUCAAAGUCCACACGACGAAACAAGACCAGCGAAAGCAACAAUAAUGACGACGAGAACAAUACGUUAGAGCCGAUUGAAGAAGAAAAGGCAGCAUUGAAACUAAAAAGCAGCGGCAGCAGCAAUGAUAACAAGGUUUCGAUGGCACUGACUCAGUUGCGUGGGUCGCUUGAUGAUCUUCUUACGACUUUGGACGAAACAACGCCCUGGUUUAUAUUCUGUCUGCGGCCGAGCGAUGCAGGUGCACCCAACAUGUUUGACCCCCAAAGGGUCAGAGCGCAGGUCCGUGCACUGGGCUUGGCGCAGAUUGCAGAACGAAUGCAUGCAAGCUAUACCAUGUCGUAUUUUCAUGACGAGUUUUGCGAACGCUAUGGCGAUACUUUGCUUGCAGCAGGUGUGCAGCAGGAUCGGGAGCCUCGCGAUCAAUGUGAGGCUGCAGCUGCCAUUUUUGGAUGGUUCGCUACUCAGGCAGCCAUCGGGAACAGUCGGAUAUUCCUGAGUGAAACAGCAUGGCGUUACCUAGAAGACCAGCUCCGGUUACUAGAAAAAGACGAUCAGAAGCGACUAAAGGAAGAAAAGCGCAUGAUGCAAGACGAUGCUACAAUCCUGGAGGGCUCAGAAUAUGGCGAUCGACGCACACUAGCAGCCCACAAUGCAGCAGCGGCAGGACUUCCCGUGCCACAUGCCAUGUCGAACACAAUGUCUGUCUAUUCAGACGACCAGCGAUCCUACCUGUCAGAAGACGAACUGUACCGCGACCAGCACACCGAAGGUCUGUCGCAAAGCGGCUCUGAUGGAUUUGCAUCGAGUGCAUCGGGGUAUAUGGAGAUGAAGCACAUGAUGCCCACUGAUGCUGUCGUGGAAGAAGAGGAACCAGCCGAAGACGAAAAGCCGUCGGCUGCACGGAGACGUUGGGUUGGAUUCGUAUGGUUCAUGACAUGGUGGAUACCCAGCAAAUUCUUGGAAUGGUGUGGUAAGAUGCGCCGCAAAGAUAUUCGGAUGGCAUGGCGUGAGAAGGUGGCGCUGUGUAUGAUCAUUUUCUUGAUGGCCGGCUUCAUUAUCUGGUUCUUGGUCGGUUUCGGUCGCAUUGUAUGUCCGCAUCAAGAUGUGUAUUCCCAAUCAGAGCUACAGGCGCACAGUGCUGGCGGAGACGCGUAUGUUUCUAUCCGCGGCGAAGUGUUUGACCUCACCAAGUUUGCACCACGCCACUAUGCCACCGAAGUGAUUCCUCAGAGCGCUAUCCUGGCAUAUGGAGGCACGGAUGCAUCGCAGCUGUUCCCUGUCCAGGUAUCUGCACUGUGCCGUGGCUACACGCCCGAAGAAGUGUCUCCAUACGUAUCACUGGAUUAUACCAUCAACCUGACAGACAGCAAUGCCAAUUAUCACGAUUUCCGGAUAUCCAGUGGCGACUACCGCCCGGACUGGUAUUUCCAAAAAAUGUCCAUGCUACGCAAGGGUUACAAGCUCGGCAACAUGGGCUACACACCCAAAGACUUGGAAAACCAGGCAAACAAUCCAACAGAUAUGAACGGCUUCAAAACGACCCGCAAAUGGGCUAUUUUGGAGGGCGAAAUCUACGACUUGACCGUGUACACCUUGGGAGGACGUACAGCGAGAGCACCUGAAGGCCAGCAAGCUCCGGGUGACGUUGAUCUGGAUUUCAUGGACGAGUCUGUCGUGAACUUGUUCCGGACACAAUCUGGCACGGAUAUCACGGAACAAUGGCAAGCUAUGGACAUGGAUCCGGACAUCAAGUACAAGCAAAAAGUCUGUCUGCGCAACCUGUUUUAUGCCGGCACGGUCGACAACCGGAACUCUGCGCGUUGUAUCUUUGCCGAGUAUUUGCUGCUAAUUGUCACGGUCUUGCUCUGUGCAGUAAUCGUUUUUAAAUUCUUGGCCGCUUUGCAGUUUGGUACGAGACGUGAUCCCGAAGUCCAUGACAAGUUUGUUAUCUGCCAGGUGCCUUGUUACACCGAAGAUGAAGAAUCCCUGCGCAAGACGAUCGAUUCGAUCUCGACCUUGGAUUAUGAUGACAAGCGCAAACUAAUGUUUUUGAUCUGUGACGGUAUGAUUGUCGGUGGCGGCAACGACCGUCCUACACCACGUAUCGUUCUGGAUAUUCUUGGUGUGGAUCCGCACGUCGACCCCGAACCGCUGUCGUUCCUUUCGGUAGGCGAAGGUUCCAAGCAACACAACAUGGCCAAGGUUUACUCGGGCUUGUACGAGAUACGCGGCCAUGUGGUGCCAUACAUUGUUGUUGUCAAGGUCGGCAAGCCAUCCGAACGACAGAAGCCUGGCAACCGAGGCAAGCGUGAUUCCCAGCUUAUUCUGAUGCGCUUCUUGAACAAGGUCCAUUUCAUGACCCCCAUGACGCCUAUGGAGCUGGAAAUCUAUCAUCAAAUCAAGAAUGUCAUCGGUGUCAAUCCAAGUUUCUACGAGUUUGUGCUGAUGGUGGAUGCCGAUACCGAGGUGAGCAAGGAUGGUCUUAACCGGAUGGUCUCUUGUUUUGUGCAUGACGCCAAAAUCAUUGGUCUGUGUGGCGAAACGCUGUUGUCCAACGCCAAGGAUACCUGGGUGACGAUGAUUCAAGUCUACGAAUACUUCAUUUCUCACUACCUGAUCAAAGCAUUCGAGUCCCUCUUUGGCACCGUCACCUGUUUGCCCGGCUGUUUCUGUAUGUACCGUGUCCGAUCACCCAGUAAAAACAUCCCGCUGCUGAUUGCGAACCAGUUGAUCGAAGACUACCAAGUCAACAAGGUCGAUACGCUGCACAAAAAGAACUUGCUGUUCCUUGGUGAGGAUCGAUACCUGACGACUUUGGUGCUCAAGCAUUUCGCGAACUACAAGACCAAGUUCACGCCCGAUGCCAAGUGUGAAACAAACGCCCCCGACCAGUGGUCUGUGCUCUUGUCGCAGCGUCGUCGAUGGAUCAAUUCGACUAUCCACAACCUCGGUGAACUGGUUUACUUGCCUCAAUUGUGUGGUUUCUGCUGCUUUUCCAUGCGUUUCGUCGUCAUGCUUGAUCUGAUCAGCACCCUUGUGCAACCUGCGAUCGUCGGCUACUUGAUUUACCUGAUCUAUACCUUGGCUACGUCCACGAGUACGGUGCCCGUCAUGUCCAUCAUCACAAUUGCCGGUGUGUACGGCUUGCAAGCGGUUAUCUUUAUUUUGCAUCGCAAGUGGGAACACAUCAUGUGGAUGAUUGUUUCCAUCUUCGCCAUCCCGGUCUUUUCGUUCUUUAUUCCUGUUUAUUCGUAUUGGCACUUUGACGACUUCUCGUGGGGUAACACGCGUGUGGUCAUGGGCGAAAAGGGCCAGAAGAAGAAAGUCAUGGCCGAGGAAGGCAAGUUUGAUCCGCGAACCAUCCCCAUGAUGACCUGGGAUCAGUAUGAAGAGGGCCUGUUCAUGCACGACGAUUUCAAUGAUAAUGCAUCGGUCGGAUCCAAAGGCUCGGCACGGUCAGGAUACAGUUUUUACAGUACCGGCAGUGGCUACCACUAUAACAAUGGCCAGCAACCACCCCCGCCGCAACCACAUCAAUCCACGGCGCCAGGCCAGUAUGUCGCAUCGAGCAAUAUGUCGUACAUUGGCCCGCCAGCUUCAACUACCAUGUCAUCACAUCAGUCGUACAUUGAUCCAGCAGCCUCACAUCAGUCGUUCAUGGCGCCUCAGUAUAUGUCUGGCAUGCCAGCAGGUCCAGGUACGCAUCAAUCGUACAUGCCGCCAGCAACAAAUGCGUCACACAUGUCAUAUAUGCAACCAUCAGGCACAGGCAGUACGCCCUCGCUUGUGGCACCACCGUCGUAUGCUGGCACCCAUCAAUCAUUCGUUGGUGCGCCACAACAAUAUUAUCCCGCAUCACCAUUACAUAAAUAUGGUGAAUAA